ACAAUGCAUAAACGACGUAUAUUUCAACAUCAACGCUACCGCGUGUAAAAACUUACAAGGUAUGGGUGUUAUUAGAAUACUUUUAUCUCUCGUCUCUCUCGUUUUUAAGGCACUAGACUCCGUGGGAAUUCUGUGGGAUGCUCGGCUUCGGCUAUCAGAAUUUAUCUACGGAAAGCAUGGAGUUACAGUCCGUGGGCCGACAAAGCGUAUUUUAAAAUUACCAGCGUGUGUUAUUGCCGAAUACAUAAAGAAACGAAAGUUAACAUGCGUCGAAGUUAUUGAGGCUUUCAGGGACAGAAUUCUCGAAGUCAACCCGAUUCUCAACGCUGUUGUUGGAGACAGAUUCGACGACGCUUCAGAAGAAGCCCAGCACAUCGAUCAAGUUCUGGAUUCGAGCGAUAUAAACUUAAAUCAAGAAAAAUCUGAUUUAUUGAGUAAGCCUUUACUAGGAGUUCCCAUUACUGUGAAAGAAUCAAUCGCUUGUGAGGGAUUCACUAACUCGGCUGGACUUGUGGAUCGAAAAGAUAAGAUUGCCUCUGAGGAUGCAGCCGUUGUUAAAAACCUUCGUAAUGCCGGCGCCAUUCCGAUCGCCGUCACGAACUGUAGCGAAUUGUGCAUGUGGUGGGAGACGACAAACAACGUAUAUGGACGGACAAACAACCCUUAUGAAACAUCAAAGAUAGCUGGUGGAAGUUCAGGUGGCGAAGGUGCGAUUAUUUCUGCUGCAGGUUCGGUUUGUGGCAUUGGAUCGGAUGUAGGUAAGUAACCCUGAAUAUUCUAAACUUGGACAAUGGUUUGUGUUUAUUCGAGUUUAUCCUCUGAAAGUUAUUCAAUACAAAUAGUUAUUAAACUGACUAAUAGUUUUAUCCGGCAUAUGGCGGCGAGUUAAACCCCAUUUACACGCGCUAAAAAAUCUGCACGGUACGCCAAAUUUUUGGCACUGUGCUGACAAUUUUAAGGCACGGCACUCGCAAUUUUCGACGUGUAAACGUAUCGGUCCCAAAUGUAACGUGGCACCAGUGCUCAAAAUUUUAGGGGUGCCGAGACUACCUCCGGGAGGUAGUCUCGGCACGGGUAAACGAGCCACGAUGCCAAAAAUUUGGCGUGCCGCGCUGAUUUUUUAGCACGUGUAAAUGGGGUUUUAAGUUCGGUGAAAUUUCAAUAUGAUGUCCUACCUGCGUGAAUUAACUAACCUUAUGCAUUAACUAUAACUCGCCCUUAUUUGUUUACAUGUUUUGUCUAUUUUCAAUGUCUUAAUGAAAAUGCCGCCUCCUGUACUGUAUAUUCAGCUGUAUAUUGACUGCUGGAAGAGGCUUGCAUUGAGAGUGGCAGGUCCAGACCGGACGGGGGGGAUGUCAUCGUACCUUGUAACAUCACCUACACGGGACUGUUAGUAACUACGAUUUUCAGCCCAACGCAGCGUUGCAUUGUUGGAACAAUGUUGCAACCAUUCGAAACAAUGUCGCAAUUAUGUUGUAAUUCCGUGUUGCGCGUCAUUGCGAAUCGUCCAGUUUAACAUCACCUUUUAUAUGAAGAGACCCACAGGAGUAAAGGUGAUGCCUGUUACACGGGAAGAUUCGUAACGACGAUUUUUUAGUGCAACAUAGCAUAACAACACUGUUGCGACAUUGUUUUUACACUUCCACACCUCUGGGAAGUGUAGAACUAAGUAAAGAAUGACAAAGGGUUCAUGACUGGGGGAAAGUGAGACAAUAUCCUUACUUUGUCGGACUUUUUUACACUUCCACACCUCUGAGAAGUGUGGAACUAAGUAAGGGGUGAAGAAACUCUGGAUUUCAUGGCCAGGGCUGGACAUGGCUGCCAGUUUAACAUCACCUUUUAUAUGAAGAGACCCACGGGAGUAAAGGUGAUGCCUAUUACACGGAAAGAUUCGUAACGACGGUUUCUUAGUGCAACAUAGCAUAACAACACUGUUGCGACAUUGUUUUGAAUGGUCGCAACAUUGUCGGCAACGCAACACACAACAACGCUUGAAAUCGUCGUUGUGAAUCGUCGUGUAACAUCACCUUAAAGGUAAUGUUACACGGAACGAUUCGCAACGACGAUUUUAGCGCAACAUAUCGUUGCAACAUUGUUCCCACCUUGUUUCGAAUAGUUGCAACACUACCAAUAUUGCAACGCUGUGUUGCGCUUAAACUCGUCGUUCCGAAUCCUCUUGUUUAACAUCACCAGUAUCACCUUAACGCAGUCUUUCUGUUGUGUUCAUAUAAAAAGCAUUUUCACUCACGUGGCCAACAGCUAUGCAAUCUUAUUGGGCCAAAAACAGGUUACAUGAGAAAAAGGUUCAGCUCUAAGUUCUUACUCCAACAGGAAUGGUUUGGGACACCAACAUGAUCGCCAUUUCAUCGUUUUAACCGCGGCAGGAUUAGCUCAGUCGGUAGAGCGACUCCCAGGGUUCGAUUCCCAGGGUCUGACCAAUACUCAGGGUCUUAAAAUAACUGAGAAAUGAAGGUAUUGCCCCGGGGGUAUUGCCUUUGCCCUGCAAGGCGGCUAGGCCGUCGUGUGAUUUGGAUGACUACGUAAAAUGGCAGUCCGUCCCGUCUCCAGAAGGAGAAGCAGAAACUGAAUCGGUGUCCUCAAUCAGUAGUUUUGUUCCAAAUACGUUGUGACACUCAUUCAAAUAAAGUGUAUUUUUUGGGGUCUUCAAUAUGUCGUGUGAAAACGCUCUAUAUUCACUCUAAAACUGGCCAAAGCUCAAGUGGACAUGAAGUUCUUGCAUAUCUAGUCAUUUUUUUAUGUUUAGCGGGGCGGUUUUCUUUACGUCUGAGAAACGAGCGCAGAAAUUCUAUACCGAUUGCGCGUCACUACCCAGAUCUGGGUAGAGCCGGUUCUUAUGGGUGGAAAUUUGCUUCAUCCAAUCAGAAGCACUACCCAGAUCUGCGUAGUGACGCGUCAUCAGCAUGGAAUUUCUCCGCUCGUUUCUCAGACGUCAUUUCGCGGAGAAACCGGUGACGUCACGAAAUGUUGGCUGUUUUAUCGCGCUGAACUUGGGUGCGGUCCUCAAGAAUUCAACUCCAGAGAAAUUCACCAACAGUUGAGUCGAAAUAAUUGAGUUUGAAAUCAUCCAGUAGUCACGUCGCUAUCAAUAGGCUGAUUUAGCAACAGAACGGGAACGUCAGUUGACGACGGCGCGCGCAAAUCAAAACAACUGGCUUGACCAAUGGCAGAGCGACAAAUUGGACACUACAAGUCGAGUUUAGCCGUUUUCGCGCGCUUUCCCGUCGUCAAAUGACGUUCGCGUUCUGUUGCUAAAUCAGCCUAAUAUUACUCUGGAGAACGCAUACAACAAUAAGGAAUAAAAAUUAUCAAAGAAUGUAGAUUUGAACCCAUAUGUAUCGUUAUUUUAGACAGUGUUACGAAAUUGCUUCUUGCCUUUUCUUACAGGUGGUAGUGUCCGCAUGCCGGCAUUUUUCAAUGGAAUAUUUGGACAUAAACCCAGUCCUUCUGUAGUUCCUAAUCAGGGCCACUUUCCUCAAGGCUCAAGCGAGGCCUUUGAUGAGUAUCUGAUCAUGGGUCCUCUCUGCAGGUACGCUGAUGAUCUAAUCCCGAUGCUGAAGGCCAUGGCAGGCCCAACAGCUUAUGAGCUUAAAUUGGACGGGGAGGUAGAUCUAUCCGCUAUUAAAGUUUACACCAUAAGCGAUGGAGAGUAUCCUUUUUUAACUUCACCUGUGGACACCGACCUGCUGAUGGCCCAGGAACAGGUUUGUUCCUUUUUGCAGGAACGAUUUGGGGCGACAGUUGAAGACGCUCAUAUGACGCUUUUCCGAUACUCACCCCUUAUAUGGUCAGCUAUGAUCCUCUCGGCAGAGAGUAACAAAAUCACAUCACAGUUUUUGCAGAGGGAAAGCGGCUCAGUGUCUAUGAACCCGUUUGUUGAGAUUUUCAAGUAUCUUCUGGGAUAUUCGAAGUAUCAUUACGUCACACUUGCAGUGGCAGGCAUCGAGCACCUCAGAAAUCCUUUACCCCACUGUCUGCCUGAUGUGUCCUCGAGAUUUGUGCAGAUGGGCUUGAAACUGCGAGAGCAAAUUCAAGCUCUCCUUGGAAGUAAUGGCAUUUUGCUUUUUCCCUCGCACCCCAACACAGCUCUUUCACAUAACAGGCCGUUUCUAGCGCCGUUGAACUUUAGUUACACUUCGAUCUUCAACGUACUCCACCUUCCCGUCACGCAGUGCCCUAUGGGUCUUGAUAAAAAUGGUCUUCCGCUGGGCAUUCAGAUUGCUGCCGCAAGAAAUAAUGACCGGCUAUCAAUCGCAGUCGCUAAGCAACUUGAACAUCAGUUUGGUGGAUGGAGAGACUGGUACCCUGGGAAAACUUCAGAAGACAAGAAAAAUGACUGAAAUUCUUGAAGUUUACAUAGCAGGCCUUCUACCCUGCGAGCAGAGGUUUUUCUCUAGCAUAUGGCUUUUAGCGUUAACAAAGUCGUUCGCGUAGCUUGUCAGUCGCGUAGUUGGUUUAUUUUAUGCGAC